CACAGCCCUGCCUUGAGGGAAUAGCAGUGCGCUCAUUCAGGGGACGUGCUUGGAGUGGUCAAAUCAUGCUAAUCGUUUUGGAGAAAGACCGAGCCUUACACCCAAGAUGAAGACAGAGAGAGAGGCAUUCUCCAAAGCAUUAGCUGCCCCUUCGCUUUUGCUCAUCUGCUGUCUGCUUGUCACUUUCCAAGCAGGGGGAGUUGGGGCGGUAAACAUCACCACCCUGGGCGCCCUCAUCCGGGGCACGACGGGAGGAGAGGCCCUGCUGUCGGUCCGCUACGCCAGCGCCAGCCAGGACCCUCCCGUCAUCAAGUGGCAGCUGAAGAAGGACAAGCCCAUCACGGUGGUGCAGUCCAUCGGCACGGAGAUCAUCGGCAACCUGCGGCCCGAGUACCGCGACCGCAUCCUGGUGUUCGAGAAUGGCACGCUCCUCCUGCAUAACCUGAGGCUGUCCGACGAGGGAACCUACGAGGUGGAGAUCUCCAUCACGGACGACACUUUCACCGGAGAGGGGAGCAUCGACCUCACGGUGGACGAGCCGAUCUCCAGGCCCUAUGUACACGUGGAAUCCUCCACUGUUCUGGAGUUGACAGAACAAUUCACGCUCAACUGCAGCCAUGAUACAGGCACCAAAACUAUUUACAGCUGGUUCAAAGGGGACAAACCACUUUCCAAUGAGACACGCCUUGUGCUGUCACCUGACCAGAAGAUCCUGACCAUCACCCGGGUGCUGAUGGCGGAUGAUGACAUCUACAGUUGCCAUGUUGAGAAUCCUCUUGGCAGCAUGAGAAGCAUGCCAAUCAAACUCACAGUCUAUAAAAGGAGUUCCCUCUACAUAAUUCUGUCCACAGGGGGGAUUUUUCUCCUCAUAACCCUUGUGACUGUGUGUGCCUGCUGGAAGCCUACCAAAUCUGAACGAAAAAGAAAAAAAAUGAAGAAAAGGGCACAGGACCAUGAGAACCAUCUUAUUGAUCAUGAUGAAGACAAGACUGAAAAUGAGAUCAUUCCGAAAAAAAUAACCAAUCAUGAGCGCAGAAACCCAGUGGCACUCUACAUCCUGAAAGAGAAGGAUUCCGUUACCGGUGAUCCAGGGUCUACAUGCACAGCCUGUACCUCCAAUGGAAGCCCCUCCAGCUACAACGGCUCGGGGCCUCCCAUCUCCCGUUCUCCAGAGCGCCCAGCCCGCUCCUCUCGCAGUUACCCCCGCACCCCGACUAACUCGCCCCCCGCGCAUCACCGCAAGAGGCAGGGCCAGAGCCCCCCUGCAGCCGCCCCCUCCCCUGCACGGAGCCGCAGCUCCAGUCGCUCCCAGAGGAGGCCUCCUGCUUCCCACCAGCCCGAGGAUAACGCCGAACCUGCAUCAGAGCCCAACACCUCCACAACCACCUGAAUGGCCACAGUCUGGUCCACGUCAUGCUGCUGGGGAACUACUUCAACAUAUCUCAACAGGAAGCUGUACAAAGUGUUUUUUUUAUUUAUGUAUAUAGGUGUUUUGCUGUGAGCGCAGUUUGAUUUCACUUCUGCCAACAUCAAAUUAAAAUACUGCAUUGUGGAAAGAAAGACUAUGAUGAAGGGGUUAAAGACUUUACAUGACAAAAUUCUACAUAUAAAUGUUAUUAUGAAAGAAUUCAUAUGCAACAACUUGAGCUCAUGUGAUGGCAUUUACAGUAAUGUUUCUAUGAGCACAACCAGACAUGCACAUGUUUAGGCUACUGUCAAAAUAUUUGAGACUGCUGUUGUAAUGUUCAUCUGGAAACAUUAAGCAAUCUGAAGGGAUUCUGACUGUGAUUCUAAAGGAGGUAAUCAUAUGAAUUAAAGAAGGUCUGUUAUUAAGCUGAAGCAACAUUGUUAAAAAAAAGUUGCCCCAUGUAUCAGCACCUUUAGACAGCACCAAAUACAAUUUAUAAGAACAAAAGACCAGAUGAAGAAUACAUGAUAGCAGUUCUGUUAUUUCUGUGCCAGGUCCCUUCCAGAGGCUUGUCCACAUUAUGUGUGAAAAUGUCAUGUUCAGCCAUGUAGGCUACAGAGUGGAGAUACACAGAUUACAGUAUUUUCCUCUCUGUAAGCACAUGUAUUUAAAGCAUAUGUAAAAUAUGAUUAUAUAUAUAUGAUUAUAUAUGUACAUACUCAUAUUGUCUUGGAUUUCUUUAUAUUUUAUUAUAUUAAUACUGGUUUGUUCUAUUAUUUUACACAAAUAAUAGCCGCUUUCUUCAUGUUUGCGAAGAUUGUGUCUCUUUCCAUUAGUUACAGUGCAUACUGUUCUUCUCACACAGAGAGAAUGUGUUUGCUGAUUCACACAAAAGAGUGAGUAGGUUCUUUGUUCUGGCUGGACACAGAUUUUGAGUGCAGGCAUUGUCAAGAAAGCCUGCAAUUCUUCUCGAAAUUCAUGCAUAUACAUUAAUGUACAAGACAGAGCCGGAGACACUAAGGAAUAGUACUGGACUUGCACACAGGAACAACAUGUCUGAACAACAAUCUGUGGGCUGGCCACAUGUACACUGUGUACCAAAUCGUAGGAGAAAUCCUCACAGACACCAUUUGCACAUUGUGUAUUUGCACAAGACAAACAUCAGACAAAGUGACAUGGCCAAACUUGAGGAAAUCACAAAAUGCUAUAUUAUUCUUUAUUUAGAUAUGGUUACUAUUUGAAAACUUUAAAAUGUGCAAGGUGACCACUCCCAAAGGCAAGGUCAGCAAAUAGCUGGGUGACUUAAGUAAUCUUUUCUCCAUAAAAAUAAAUUGUUGUGU